GUCCUUUACCCCGAACAGUGGUAGUCCAGUGAGCUUCAGGGGCUCGCUGUGAAUCGGACCCAAUGCGUGGCAGGAUGGGCACCCAGACCAGUCCUGUCAAGAGUUACGAUUAUCUCCUGAAAUUUCUUCUGGUGGGAGACAGUGAUGUCGGCAAGGGAGAAAUCCUGGAAAGUCUGCAAGACGGAUCCGUCGAGUCUCCUUAUGCCUACAGCAGCGGGAUCGAUUACAAGACCACCACAAUCCUGCUAGAUGGAAGGAGAGUGAAACUAGAGUUAUGGGACACCUCAGGGCAGGGUAGAUUCUGCACCAUCUUCAGGUCUUACUCUCGUGGAGCACAGGGCAUCCUGCUCGUGUAUGACAUCACCAACGUCUGGUCGUUUGAUGGCAUUGACCGUUGGAUUCGGGAGAUUGAUGAGCAUGCGCCAGGUGUGCCAAGGAUUCUAGUGGGAAACCGACUUCACCUGGCGUUCAAGCGACAGGUGCCCACCGAGCAGGCACGAGCGUACGCAGAGAAGAACAGCAUGACCUUCUUCGAGGUCAGUCCGCUCUGCAACUUCAACGUCCUCGAAUCCUUCACAGAGCUGUCACGCAUCGUGCUGAUGAGGCACGGGAUGGAGAAGUUUUGGAGACCCAACAGAGUCUUCAGCCUCCAGGACCUGUGCUGCCGCUCGAUCGUGUCCUGCACACCGGUGCACCUCAUCGACAAGCUGCCCCUCCCGGUGGCCAUCAAGUCCCACCUCAAGUCUUUCUCCAUGGCCAACGGCAUGAACGCAGUCAUGAUGCACGGACGCUCCUACUCGGUGGCCACCAGUGCGGCCUCCGGCAGCACUGGCAGCAGCAGCAAAGCCAACAGCCUCAAACGCUCAAAGUCUCUCAGGCCUCCACAGAGUCCUCCAAAGACCCAGUCGUCCUCCUCCAAGGGGAACUGUAAGAUUUCAUAGUGAAGAGUCCGACCCACUGUUGCCUCCACAGGACCAGUGUUAAACAUGUUGUUGCUCCGAGAGGUCACAAGGCCAGAGGAGAGCACGGAGAGCUGCGAGCUGUCUUCACCAGAGACGGAUGUCAGCUUGAACUCACAUUGACCUUUGGGAACUGACUUGGCUAGCUGGGUUGUUUUCUGCUCUCUACGCACUUGCCGGCGCCAUCUUGUGGAUGCCCAUUUACGUGUACUCUUAACUGCACGGGCUCACUGUGAUCAAGCAGAACCAGAUUUCCCUGGGACCAGCGGAUGUGAAUUCAAGGAUUAUCACUCAACUGUCAACACUACAAAUGAGUGGAGGGGCUUUAGCUCGCUUUUUAUGUGGAACAGGAUUGAUUGUUGGUAUUUAAAGUUGACUUGAAGUUGUAAAUGUUCUGUAUGUGCUGUUCUUUCGCUCCGUGUUCGGUGGUUGUUCUUGGGGAGGAGCCUCUCGCGCUUGUUUUGUCAAGAAAGUUUCUCGAGCUUUGAUGUACAACUUAUUUGUGUCUUAUUCCCUCCACCUGCCAUAGAAAACUCCUUUUACAACCUAAAGAAAGUGUUUACAUAAAACUGGCCUAAAGUGAAUGUCAUGAGCAUGCAGGGCUAGUUUCACAAGUUCGAAAGUACACGACCUGAGAGAAAUCCAUGAAAAACAUUCUUAGUCCAGCUGUACAUCCUUUUGUGAAUCUGUCCAGAAAAGUAGAGCCAAGUCGUCUUGUUUGCAAAAACUCCUGCGGUGCUCGCUCAAUUUCAUACCAAAUGAAUUCCCUCUCCAUCUCCAUCCGUCAUUGGUUCGGACAUCUGUCAGCUCUCUCGGGCAAUUUCUGCCCCUUAAUCUAAUAUUCUUAGUUUUAUUUAACCCAUCCACAUUGAAAUCAGUCUGAACCUGUCAACUUUGCCUUCAGUCUCCUUUGACUGUGUCUCGCCUCUGAACAAAAGAGUAUAAACUCGCAGGACCUUGGUGUGAGGAACAUUUUAAUUUGAUUUCUUUCUGAAUAUUUUAUGCAUAUGCCACGUAUUUAUGAAUGUAAAACAAUCUUUAUCUUCUACCUUUCUGUGGCCAUGUGGUUGAACUGUUGGGGCUGUAAGAAUCAGAGAUGGAAAGUCACCGGGUUCAUCUGAUCCUUUGAUAUUUUCAAAUGAACUGUUCUACUUGUCUGAAUAGUUGUACUUUAACUCAACUUAUUACCCCAAACUUCUUAAAAAUAGAAAAUCAUGCCAUCAUGAGUUAUGAACUUAAAGAUGUCAGAAGGGGCUCAAAUACUUUUUUAAAUCACAUCUAACUGUAUGUUUUCUGUUUUAAUAUUUGAAGUAUCUACACAAAUAUAUUUAUAUUCAAAUGUAAAUUUGCGGUCUUCUUUCCACCUCCGUGCUGUAUUUUCACUUCAACAUUCCCAGUGUCAUGACUGUAUGAAUGUAAUAAGGUCAAUGAGUGCAUAAAACACAGAUGCAUGUUUUCCUGCUGGCGCCUGUUUUUAUGUGGGGUAUAUGGUGUCAGAUCAGGGGGGGGGACAUUUAAAGCACUAUAUGAUGUUAUGUGAUGAUGAUUGUUGAUGCCAGAGCUGUGUCUUAAUGUCUGGAUACGGGAUUAAUUACAACUUUGAAACCAGUCACCCAUUAAAAAAUAAAAGAUGCUCUGUUUGUGA